GGCAAAGGAAGCUGGGAGAGAAAUUGAACUUUGGUUCUUGCUUCUUCCUUGCGUAGUGUCGGGGCUUUCUUGGUUACAGAGAAAGAAAUAAACAGUCAUCUUGCAGUGAAUUAAUUGGCAGAUCAAGGCAGGCAUAAGGCAUGGGACACCCCACAGAAAAGCUUGUUCUACUCAUGAUGUUGUCAUUGUCAGCAGCGGCCUCGCAGGACUGUGACGAACGAUGGUGUGGGAACAUGGAAAUUCCGUAUCCAUUCGGAACGAAAGAGCAGUGUUAUCUAAGUGACACUUUCUUGAUCACCUGCAACAAAACAUAUCAUCCUCCAAGAGCAUUUAUCGGGAAUGGUAACGUUGAUGUAACAAAUAUAUCGAUCGACGACAGCGAGCUCGACAUCUCGUUUUUCAUAGCCAAAGAUUGCUACACACAAAAUGGUUCCCAGAAUGGCAGCCAUAACUUCGCCACACUUCAAACGCCAUUAUUCACAAUUUCUAACACCAAGAACAAGUUCGUCGCAAUCGGUUGCGAUACAUCAGCUCAUAUUUCUGGCAAUAUCCAAGGGGAUACCUAUAGAGGUGGGUGCAUGGCCUUGUGUGGAAACACUACUAAAACUAUAAGAGAUGGGCACUGCGCUGGGAAUGGGUGCUGUGAGUUGGAAAUUCCUGAAGGCCUCAAAUAUUUGGAGUUGGAAGUGAAGAGCUUCAACAAACACUCCGAGGUAUUUAAGUUUAAUCCAUGUGGGUAUGCUUUUGUUAUUCAACAUGACAAAUUCAAUUUCUCCUCCAAAUAUAUUUCCAAUUUUACACCACUUGAAGUUCCAUUGGUGCUUGAUUGGGCAAUCCCAAACAAUACUUGCUCAAAAUCAAACAACGAAACCAAUUGCAAUAAUAUAUGUGGACCAAAUACCAAAAAGAUUAACUUCCUCAAUGAUGGUUCUGAAUAUCGUUGCCGAUGUUUGGAUGGUUUCAAGGGAAAUCCAUAUCGUCCUCAAGGUUGUGAAGAUAUAAAUGAAUGCAAGGAUAAAAGGUUGAAUGACUGUGAAUAUAAACACAUGUGUUCUAACACACAAGGAAACUAUACCUGCGGUUGUCCUAAGAACUAUAAAGGAGAUGGAAGGAGAGGAUGCAUCCCAACAUAUAAGGCCUUUGUUCAAUACAUCGUUGGAUGUACGAUAGGGUUAACAAUUUUAGUGAUUGGGUGCACAUUGUUAUGCUUGGGGUAUGCAAAGUGGAAGGCCAACCACCAAAAGAACAAAUUUUUCAAGAAAAACGGAGGCUUUUUGCUUGAAGAACAUCUUUCUAAGUGGGAAUCACCGGUCGAGAUAUUCAGAAUUUUCACCCAUGAAGAGUUGAAGAAGGCUACAAACAAGUUCCAUGAAAGCACAGUGGUGGGAAAAGGUGGCUUUGGCACUGUUUACAAAGGUGUCUUAGAUGACGGCUUGAUGGUUGCAAUUAAGAAAUCAAAAUUAGUGGAUCAAUCCCAAACUGACCAAUUCAUUAACGAAGUCAUUGUUUUGUCCCAAAUCAACCAUCGCAACGUGGUCAAGCUUUUGGGGUGUUGUUUGGAGACAAAAGUUCCUUUGUUGGUCUACGAGUUUGUAACCAACCGCACUCUCUUUGAACACCUCCACAACAAAACCAAUCAUCCCCCUCUUUCUUGGGAAACUCGUUUGAAAAUAGCUUCAGAAAUUGCCAGCGUCCUCGCAUAUUUGCAUUCUUCAACUUCAAAUCCCAUCAUUCAUAGAGAUAUCAAGUCUUCUAAUGUACUUUUAGACCAUGAUUACACUGCAAAGUUGUCCGAUUUUGGAGCUUCGAAGCUGGUCCCAUUGAAUCAUACUCAGUUAUCCACAAUGGUACAAGGGACUCUUGGAUAUUUGGACCCUGAAUACUUGUUGACGAGUGAGUUGACGGAAAAAAGCGACGUAUACAGCUUUGGAAUUUUGCUUUUUGAACUUAUAACAGGGAAGAAGGCUGUGCGUUUUGACGUGCCAGAAGAAGAAAGAAUUCUAGCCAAGAUAGUCCUAUAUGCGAUGAAUGAAAAUCGUUUGGAAGAAAUUGUUGAGCAGGGUCUGGCAACGGAAGGAAAUAUUGACGAGAUAAAAGAGGUGGCAAAGCUAGCAAAAGAGUGUGUAAAAGUAAAAGGGGAGGAGCGUCCCAACAUGAAGGAGGUGGCUAUGGAGUUGGAGGGGCUGCAAAUGUUGCAUGGUUAACCUCAUUUCAACAUGUCGGCAAAUGAACUUUAGACUCAAACCUUUUUCUUUUUUACAUAUGUGGGAAUGAGACAUUGAACCUCCAAUCUUGAAGUUGAUAGUAGAUUAUUCAUGCUAGUUGAACACUGUCCAUUUAUUAUUAAUUUGUCUGACAAUGUGUAUCACUAAAUACGAUGUAUAGUCGUAUAAUGUUUAAAAUUUAUAAAUGAUAGAUCUAUUACUUA